CCGCGAGAGAGAGAGAGAGAGAGAGAGAGAGCUUGGGGAGAAGAAGGAUGGGGAACUCGCUGGGGUGCUCGGCCUCCGGGGAGAGGCUGGUUUCGGCGGCGAGAGAUGGGGACCUGAUUGAGGCCCGGAUGCUUCUCGAGUUCAACCCAAGUCUCGCCAAGUACUCUACUUUCGGCGGCCUCAAUUCCCCUCUCCAUUUCGCUGCUGCGAAGGGCCAUUGCGAGAUCGUGACGCUGUUGCUUGAGAAUGGGGCGGAUGUGAAUUCCAGGAACUAUUGUGGCCAGACUGCGUUGAUGCAAGCUUGCCGAUAUGGACAUUGGGAGGUGGUUCAGACUCUGCUGCUCUACAGAAGUAAUGUAAUGAGAGCGGAUUAUCUUAGUGGUAGAACAGCUCUCCACUUUGCUGCAGUGGAAGGGCACAUCCGAUGCAUUCGGCUAUUGGUUGCAGAUUUCAUUCCUAGUGCGCCAUUUGACUCGGCUGCGGAUGGCGACAUAGCUGUUGUCCGGGGCACCAGCCCUGAUUCCUCAUCAAGAAAUAGAUCUGACCAAUCUGCGCUAGUAAGAUUUAUCAAUAAAGUUGCCGAUGGUGGCAUUACGGCCCUCCAUAUGGCUGCAUUGAAUGGGUACUUCGAUUGUGUGCAACUCCUACUUGAUCUACAUGCUGAUGUCUCAGUGGUGACCUUCCAUUAUGGCUCUGCAAUGAAUUUGAUCGGAGCUGGAAGCACUCCUUUGCAUUAUGCAGCAUGUGGAGGAAAUCUUAAAUGCUGCCAGAUCCUUAUUGCAAAAGGUGCAAGUCGGUUAACAUUGAAUUGCAAUGGGUGGCUUCCACUUGAUGUUGCGAAGAUAUGGAAACGGCAUUGGCUCGAGCCAUUGUUGUCACCCAAUUCAGACUUGACCAUUCCAAAUUUUCCUCCCUCCAAUUAUCUAUCAUUGCCACUAAUGAGUAUUCUUAAUAUAGCAAGAGACACUGGCUUGCAAUCCUCAACUGUCACUUCUGAUGAAAGUGAUUUUUGCGCUGUUUGCCUGGAAAGAGCCUGCACUGUAGCUGCAGAAGGUUGUGGGCAUGAAUUUUGCGUGAGAUGUGCACUCUAUCUUUGUUCGACAAGUAAUGUGACUACCGAAAUGGUUGGUCCACCAGGGGCAAUUCCGUGCCCACUUUGUCGAAACGGAAUAGUCUCAUUUGUUAAGCUGCCGAGUACUCCGGCAAAGGAGCUAAAACUAAAUCUAGCUCUCAGCCUAUGCAAUCCAUGCAUUCUCCCGCCUCGAGACCCCGAUACACCUGCAACUUCUUGCAGAUCUGAGUAUCACAAGAACUGCGUCGCAUCAGUUUCUCCGGAGAUCAUGUGCCCGCUCACUUGCAGUCCAUUCCCUUCGGUUUCAAUUCCUUCUUGCACUUGUGACGACGACCCUUGUUCCUCUGAUGAUCCUCAAGGUGAGAUACACGAACAAUCACCUCGUCCUUCUCAGAGCGCGCCAAGUGAAGCCGAAAAAACAGAAGAACAGAGACUAGAGAAAACAACAUGUUCAAACAUGUUUUGGAACAGGAGAAGCUGCCAUAGAGAGCAUCAGUGCAAUUCAGAGAUAAAUGCUUGAUUUCUGUUGGCUUGUGAAUAGUUUGAUGUGAGAGUGAAUUUGUUAUGGUGGAUUGUUUUUAUGCAUCAUCAUCAUCAUUAUAUUCAGUUAGUGGUUUAUAUGAUUGAUAUGAAAUGGUGGCAAUUUGUUGGGAAUUAAAAAUUCAGUGUUUCUCUUUGAAUUAGGAAAUGUUUGUUCUUGUAAUGUCUGUAAUUAAUUCAUCAGAUGCCAUUGAUAUUUAUGCAAAAAUUGAGGUUUCUGAUGAUUCUAGCCAUUGGAUUAUUAUUAGUUAUACUCAUCAUUGUUAAGCAA